AUGACAUUAGUAAACGGCUAUGCGCCAACAGAGGAAAAAGGAAAUCAAAUUAAGGAAAAAUUCUAUAGCGAGCUAGAGACCAUAUAUGAAUGCAUACCGAAAAUAAUAAUGGGAGACUUUAAUGCAAAAAUCGGGAAAAAGAGAGUUUUUGAACCUACAAUCGGCCAAGAAAGCCUGUAUCAAGUAUCCAAUGACAACAGAAUAAGACAUUUGCAGGAUCUAAGAAUAUGCGGAUCAGUAGUACCUUUUUCCCACAUAAGAGAAUACACAAACAGACAUGGAUGUCACCAAAAGGAACCACAAAUAACCAGAUUGACCAUGUAG